AUGUCCUUGUCAAAACUAGUCUGGAGUCAUUUCGGUCCUCACCAUCCCUUCCCGGAGAAACAGAAGUUCCACGGCUUUUACCGGGACGCGCUUGCCCCGCCAGCGCUUUCUCCUCCGCUAGGCCUGUCAUUAUCGGCCGCGUUUGCGCCCCCAGGAACCGUCACGAUGAGCAACUCGAGCAACAUGAACGCGCUGUCCCCGGAUGAGAUGCAGCGUUUCCAGAAGCUGUCCAAUGAGUUUGAGCCAGAAGUACCGGGGCUUUUUGUGUCGCCCAAACAGUCGAGCCAUAACAUUGCCCUGGAAUAUGCCAAUGCAGACCCCACUCUGGCAACCAAAACCAACGCCCUGGCGGUGACACAUCCGAUGACGCGCGUCAUGAAGGGCGAUGGAAACUGUGGCUGGCGGGCGGUGGCUUUUGGCUAUUUUGAAACCCUCUUUGCCCUUCGAGAUCCCCUGCGUGUACAGCGGGAACUGGCUCGCAUCAAGUCCCUUACUUAUACCCUGGACCGAGUGGGCUAUGCCGACCAUCUCUAUGAGAUCUUCAUCGAUGCCACGGAAGAGAUCUUUGCGCAAACCGCUGCGGCGAUCCAGAAUGGUGAUCAGGACGAAUUGUUCUUGGUCAAUGCCUUCAACAACGAAUACAAGUCGAAUUCAGUCAUAAUGCACUUUCGGCUUUUGACCAGCGCUUGGAUGAAGCUCAAUCCAGUCCGGUACCAGGCCUUCUUGUCGUUGCCACUGGAACAAUACUGCGCCACGGAGAUUGACACGGUGAGGACGGAAAUUGAUGAAGUGGGUCUGCAAGCCUUGGUCGACGGUGUCAUUGAAGGCGCUGGGUUUGGAAUCGAGAUCCUUUAUCUCGAUCGGAGCGAGGGCGACGCGGUGACACCACACCAGCUCUCCUCCAACUGCCCCAGUGGAGCCACCAUCCGUCUCCUGUACCGACCGGGCCACUAUGAUCUCAUCUACCGCGCCGAACAGACUGUGAAUAUGGCACCCGUGGUCAACUACCAAUACGCAAUGACUUCUAACUAUUCCCCUUGGGACCAAGGUGCUCUCUCCUUCGACGUCAACUCGCACUUGAUGUCGAUCCCCAACCUGAUGGCCGACCCGGCAUUCGGCAUGGGCGCCCCAAUGUCCCCGAUGCCCUCGCUCUCGCCCCCUCCAGCAACAUAUCGAAUAUCUCCUACCCAGGACAUGUACCAGUCUCCCAUGCAGGCCCAUGCACCCGUUCCUUCAAUUCCGGUCCCCUCCCCUCCGCCUGUCCUGCCGUCUGCGGCGCCACCGCCGAUGACCUCCCUGCCCAGCCGUUCAUCGGAUGGCCCGCAGAUUCGGCUGAAUCCGUUGGUUAUGAAGCCGAAUUUGAACCAGCUCCCGGUGACUGCACCGUUUAAAAAAAGUUCGCCGUACAACCAGGCACAUUUCCAGAACCAAGACUUUGAGCCGAUCCAUUGGGAACCGAACGACACCCGCAGAUAUGACGGCUCUCGAAGAUGA